CGACAUGUCCAUCCUGGGCCUCCUGCAGUGCCACAACAAUGCCACCCGAAGGUUGCAGGAACAGCAACUCAUAUUCUGCUUAGGAACCCUGCAGCCCAAAGAACCUACCCCAGAAGAGAGAGCUAAAGCUGUCCGCAAACAGUCAAUAGAAGUGAAGGAAACUUGGGAGCAAUUGAAAACCCAUGCGAGCAACUGGCAGAAACAGGUGGAAAAGGCGUUGGAGAAACUUCAAGAACUGCAGAAAGCUCUGGAUGACCUUGAGGCUCAUGUGAUAACAGCUGAGGGGAUCCACACUGAUUGGCAACCUGUGGGUGACCUGUUUAUUGACUCAUUGCAGAAUCACAUUGAUAAAACCACAGUAACUGCAAUUACAUUACACUUCACUUAUGAACAUGUAACCACAAUGUUGUAUCGAGAUGAUCAGUAAUAGGAGUACUUCAGUAAUAUUGAUUGAAUGGUUGUUAACUUAAUUUGCAAAUUAAAACUUCGUUGAG